UAGUACUAACCUAUAUUUUUAUUUCAGGAUAGAGAAAAUGGAAGUUUUUAUGUUCUGUGUUAUACUUGAGGUGGCUCUUCAGCAGAUGAAGGUAGUUGAUGGCUGCGCUACAUUACAGGCGACACAGAACCCUGCCGAUGGCCAUACGAUGUUGGAAUUCCAGCGAGCUAAGCUGCUUAGAGAUAGGAAACUGCUGUCGGACAUCAUACGGGCCACAGUGGUCGAGAUGGCAGAGACCGGGGGUUGGCGGUGUCUGCGCCAAGCAAUAAUCUCCCUUCAGCAAAGAGCAGAACAGUCCACAGUCCUGCAGCAAGACCAUGAUCGGCUACGUAUAGUGCGGGCAGCUGUGACUAACGAGUUGAAAUCUAAACGGAAGCAGAACGCCAAAGAGCUGCGGCUUUGUGAUAUGCACAUCACUUUUCUUAAGGACAAGAAGGAGGAUGACAUAAAGAACGCGGAGCUCCGUCUAGUCUACGCGGACAAGUGGCUGAACGCGCAGGCAGAAGUACUGGAGAUGCAGCACCGGGCUCUCAGGGCGGCGCGGCCGUCGGCAACCAACGAGACCAGGGUCCACCGCGAGCUGAGCCGGGCCUACGACUUGCAAGUAGAGGAGCGUGAGAAAGCCGUGGAGUACUGGCGUGCGAAGUACUCGGACGACACGUCCAGCAUCAACAUGCGGCUGGCGGUCAAGUGCGAGCAGCUGCGCGUGGCCGUGGCUCGGCGGGAGGAACUUCAGAAGCUGUAUAACCUUCAUGAAGGUGAGAUGAGAUCCUGGCUGACAUUCAAGAGAGAAAGGGCUGCUCGUUUAGAACGUGAAGAGCGGGUUCGCCGAGCAGCUACUACCUUGCAAGCCUGGUGGCGUGGGCUCAUGGUUCGCAGAGGGCUGGGCGCCUUCAAACACCUUCGCAGUGCUAAGAAGACUCCGAAUAAAAUGAAGAAGAAAUAAAAACAUAGUGGCAUUAUGAUCUUUAUGUUUGUGCCGGCCUAUUUUAAGAAUACAAUAAAAAAAU